GUCCGGGGCGUGGCCGGGCCGGGUGGGAUCUGGAGGUCCUUGGAGACCUGACACCCUGCGCUGGAGUUUUUGCAGGUCCCGCAGGUUGUAAAUCUGUCCCGCCACCUUCGCCAUGGGGCUGGAGCUCUAUCUGCAUCUGCUGUCCCAGCCCUGCCGCGCCAUCUACAUCUUCGCCAAGAAGAACGGCAUCCCCUUCCAGCAGCGCACCGUGGAGCUGCUCAAGGGCCAGCACCUCAGUGAUGCCUUUGCCCAGGUGAACCCCCUGAAGAAGGUGCCAGCCUUGAAGGAUGGGGACUUCAUCUUGACCGAGAGUGUGGCCAUCCUGCUCUACCUGGUGCGCAAGUAUAAGGUCCCUGACUACUGGUACCCUCAGGACCUGCAGGCCCGUGCCCGUGUGGAUGAGUACCUGGCAUGGCAGCACACUGCCCUGAGGAGAAACUGCCUCCGGGCCCUGUGGCACAAGGUGAUGUUCCCUGUUUUCCUGGGUGAGCAAGUAUCUUCUGAGCUGCUGGCAGCCACCUUGGCAGAGUUGGAUGUGACCCUGCAGGUACUUGAGGACAAGUUUCUCCAGAACAAAGCUUUCCUUGUUGGGCCCCAGAUCUCCCUGGCUGACCUGGUAGCCAUCACAGAGCUGAUGCAUCCGGUGGGGGCUGGCUGCCAAGUCUUUGAAGGCCGACCCAAGCUGGCUGCAUGGCGCCGGAGAGUGGAGGCUGCAGUAGGAGAGGACCUCUUCCGGGAGGCCCACGAGGUCAUCCUGAAGGUGAAGGACACACCACCUGCUGACCCUACCGUAAAGCAGAAGAUGAUGCCUAGGGUGCUGGCCAUGAUCCAGUGAGCUUGGAAGUCUCACCUCUGCAUUGCCCUCGGCAGUUCACAAAGUACCUUUAUUUCUACUGCCUCAUGGCAGGAGGCCCAGGAAGCAGUAGUGGCUUUGCUCUAGAAAUACCGCAGCAAGGCCCCCCAGACCAGAGGUCCAUCCCCACUCUCACUUCCACAGCAGCCUGAAAACCACCAAUGACUCGCGUCCAAGCCUUUAAUCACUGCAUUGUGUAAGUUUACAUAAUAAACCGAGGCUCUGUCUGAGUCUCACCUUCCAACUCUA